CCCCCUAAUGGCAUCGCCGGGUACUGCCCUACAGCAAGCGCAGCAGCCGCUUCAUGAGAGCGGAGCGGGCCAAGGGGAGAGAGGGAGAGAGAGAGGAGGAGGAGGAGGCAGGAAGCAUGGAGAUGGGCAGAGGGUGGCAAGAGCUCGGCAUCGUGGACACCAUCUACGAGGGCGACCACGAGGAGGAAGAAGAGGAGGAGUGCUUCGACUCGCCCACCAUGUCGUCGUCGGCCACGUCGCGGUCGUGCUCGCCGCCUCCGCCGCCGGCGCUCUCGUCCCUGCCGCCGGUGCUCAGGAGCGCGGUGCAAGCAUGGUCGCGAGCGAACGGAUCGCGCAAACCAGACGUGAUCCUUCGAGUCCAGGAGCAUUGCCUCCCCCUGCACAGGGACGUGAUCACGUCGAAGAGCAGCUACCUGAGGCGGCAGCUGUCGGAGUCCAGCGACGUCACCAUCGCCCUGCCUGGGGGCCUCGCGUUCGACGCGUUCAUCGACGGCCUCGCGUCCUGCUACGGCGCCGACGUGGCGCUGUCGCCGGCGAGCCUCGCGGCGGCGUGGGUGGCCGCGAGCUGGCUGGAGCUGGGCGCGGAGGACUACGACCGGCUGGCCCGCGCCGCUGAGGAUUACUUCUUCCAGGAGGUGGCCACGAACCACGGCCGUGCUGCGGAGGUGAUGCGGUCGUGCACGGCGUUCCUGGGCGGAGAGGCGGCCGGGCCGGCCGCGGAGCUGCUCGUCCGGUGCCUGGAGGUGCUCGCAGCGUCCGGCUGCGGCGGCGUCGGCGGGUGGCUAAAGGACGUGGCCGGGUUGCCCGUGGAGGAGUUCCUAGUGGCAGUGGAGGCCAUGCGUACACGGUUCGCGCACGACCACGACCUCAUGUACACCGUCGUGGAUCACUACCUGGAGAACCACAAGGGGAAGCUGACGGAGGAGGAGAAGACCCGGCUGUGCUACAACGUGAACUGCACCAAGCUGUCGCAGCACCUCUUCAUGCACCUCGUCCAGAACCCGCGCCUCCCGCUCCGCUUCGUCGUGCAGGCCAUGCUCGUCGAGCAGCUCCACUCCCACCACUCCAUUCUACUCCACCACCACCACACCGCCUCGCCGCCUCCGCCGCCCGCGAUCCUCAAGAGCUCCCUCUCCGGCGCCUUCAGCGGCGUGGUGGGGGCCACGGACGCCGCCAGCAUGACGCUCGGCGACAUCCUCCAGCGCGACUCCGUGCUGCGCCAGUCCGCGCACAUCCGCGCGUCCAUGCAGGCCACCAGCAUCCGCAUCGAGACACUCGAGCGCGAGCUCGCGGGCCUCCGCACCCGCCUGCGCCGCUCCGAGCAGCAGCAGGCCGAGGCGUCGGCCAAGAUCGACCGCGCGCCCGGCAAGUCCGCCAGCUUCCGGAUCCCGCGCAACCGGCUCUGGGACGGCGAAGACCUCGCGCCCAUCGCUGCCGCCGCUGGGCGCACCACCGUCAAGGACAGCAACGGGAGGGGCUUCAAGUCACGGCUGGUGCACGGGUUCAAGAACCUGUUUGGCAGGAGGCCAGGGACCGCCGGCGCGCUGUCCAAGUGCGGCGAGGACGUCAGAAACGGCGGCAUGGGUGAGAAAGGCAUCGCUGCUGAUGCGCGAGAGCUGGAUAUCGACGCCGACGACGUGCUUUGCAUGGAGGAGACGUGGCGGCCUCACCGGAGAAAUCACUCCAUUGUGUGACCGGCCAAUAUAGAAGGAUCAGCGUCGAUGCGUUGUAUGCGUGCAGAUGCAUACAUAUGCAGGGGUGGAGUAGUAGAGACCCUGGGUAUAUGAAUGAGGAUAACGCCAGUGUUUUCACACGGCCAUAUGACAUCGUUGAUGCUUUGUUAGUUUGUUUUUGUCGAUGAAAAUGUGGUCCUUGUCUUGGGUAUGCUUGUUAAGCUUCUAGAUCUCAUCUAUGAUCUCAUAGUAUGUGCUCCUCUUCUUCAGUGUUAUCAUAAGCAUCAGACACCGCUAUUAUGUAAUGUGUUUUUUCUCUCUUGGGCUU